AUGCGUUUCUUGUGUCUUCACGGCUCAGUGAGCAGUAGCGAUAAAUUGGACACGAUGCUAGCACCACUCCAACAAAAUUUGAAGGCCGACAACUCUGCUUCAUUUGACUUUAUUAAUGCGACUAUACCCGCAUCUGCACCCGAAGAACUCAUGGGUUUCUUUGGACCUCCACCACACUACCGCUGGCUCGACUACGACGGAAUUGAAACUGCACAACUGCACGAUUCAGUCCGCACCGCGCACGAAAACGCAGAUCUUCCCGCAGAAGAGCUUCUUAGGUCGAAGGUUCCUUGCGAAUUUGUCUGGACUAAUCAUAAAGAUCUAAUGGAUCAAAUCGACAAGCACCUUGAGGCGAACCCUGAUAUCGAGGGUCUUCUUGCAUACAGCGAAGGAGCCACUGUCGCAGGGGCGUAUCUGCUGCACGAGCAAAGGAUGGAGAAAGAUCACGGUCGCCCUCGGCGGGUGAAGUGCGCUAUGUUCUUCGCGGGCAUGCCCCCCAUGGGCGAAGAGAAAGGGUUCGUCCUCGCUGAUGAGCGAGAGGAUAUGAUCGAUAUCCAAACGAUGCACAUCAUUGGCGCAGCUGACCCCUACCGCUGCGGUGCCGAUUCGCUAUACAACCUCUGCGACCCCGAUACGGCUCACUUCUUCGAUACUGGCAAGGGACACACUAUUCCACGCGGAGAACCUAUCAUCAGUGAGCUUGGAAAUGCGGUACGAGAAAUGCUCGAGCGGGCCAAGGAAGAGUGA